AAUUUAACCUUCACUUCCAAUCGAGUGACUGCGAGAAGACGAACAAAAUCCAUAUUAUCCAAAAACCCAUUCAACAAAUCCGCACUCGUAUCGAUUUUUCUCUUCAAUCCUCUCAUAGCCAGUUCAAAAAUGGAGUGCAUCCAUUGACGGACAUCUCUUAAAGGUAAUUCUGUUCUUCAUUUCUCUUUUCAACUUUGGGUUGUAAUGGGAAAUCAUCCAUAAGACUCUGAAAUUUAUUGUUGAUCUCUAUAGACAAUGCUUGUUCAUAGUAAUUGGUAUCCAAUUAGUAGCUCCGGCGUUGAAUUAGGUUCUUAUUCUGUAGUUCAUAGGUCAUGGAAAAGAAUAAAUUGUGUUGGGUUUUCUGAUAGUUGUUAUGGAAAUGGGAAUUUCUCUUUGAUUUCCUUUAAUUUGAGUGUUUUGAGAAGUGGAUUUUGUUGCGAGACUUCGAGAUUUGAAUGUAUCCGUGAGUUCCGCCAUGGCUGUUCUAAGCUUAGAGUUGCUCCAUUAAUGAAGCCGAAGAGGAAUUCCCUUGGGGCUUGGUUUUUAUUUGCUUGGGCUGUUGAACAACCAACGAUUGAUGAUGAAAUUGCUAGGGUUGAAUCAAAUUCUAGAGAUGAUUUGCCUGAGAGUAGUUUAGAUUGGGAUGUAUAUGAUCCUGGCAAUGUUGAUAGUGAAAAUAGCCAUGGAAGAGGAAAUUUUAAAGACGAGGAAGGAAUGGAGGGAGAGGGAGAUGUUAGGGUCGAUGUUCGUGCACUAGCACGUCGGUUGCAGCUUGCUCGAACGGCGGAUGAUGUUGAGGAGCUUCUCAAGGAUGUCGGCGUAUUGCCUCUUCAAGUGUUCUCAUCCAUUAUUAGAGGUUUUGGGAGGAACAGAAGGUUGGAAUGUGCAGUGGCUCUUGUUGAAUGGCUUAAGAAAAAGAAGAUUGAAACUAAUGGCCGUAUUGUGCCGAACUUGUUCAUAUACAACAGUCUUCUCGGUGCAGUUAAGCAAUCCAGAGAGUUUUCGAAAAUGGAAGAUGUCUUGACUGAUAUGGCACAGGAAGGAAUCGUUUCAAAUGUUGUUACGUACAAUACGAUUAUGUCCAUUUACUUGGAACAAGGACUAGCUAUAAAAGCUCUUGGCAUUCUCGAAGAGAUGCCGAGGAAAGGCCUAACUCCGUGUCCUGUGUCCUACUCUACAGCGUUACAAGCAUACCGAAGGAUGAAUGAUGGGAAUGGCGCUUUAAAGUUCAUGAUUGAGUUGAGAGAAAGAUAUCGUAAUGGCGAGUUAGUGAAAGAUGAUAAUGUAGAUUGGGCUGACAAGUUCUUGAAGCUCGAAAAGUUUACAAGACGUGUUUGCUACCAAGUAAUGAGGAUUUGGCUUGUGAAGGACGACCCUGCAAACACGAAGGUGUUGCAACUUCUAAUGGAAAUGGAUAAAGCGGGAUUGUCGCUUGAUCAUGUUGAAGAAGAACGACUUAUUUGGGCCUGUACGUGUGCCGAACACCAUAAUGUAGCAAAAGAGUUGUACUACAGGAUAAGAGAAAAGCAAUGUAGUAUAAGCUUAUCUGUUUGUAAUCAUGUGAUUUGGUUGAUGGGGAAAGCUAAGAAAUGGUGGGCAGCAUUGGAGAUUUAUGAAGAUUUGUUGGAGAAAGGACCGAAACCAAAUAACUUGUCAAAUGAACUAAUUGUUUCUCACUUCAAUGUUCUUCUCACAGCUGCGAAGAAACGAGGAAUUUGGAGAUGGGGCGUUAGGUUACUCGACAAAAUGGAAGAGAAAGGUCUUAAACCCGGAAUUCGGGAAUGGAACGCCGUUCUUGUUGCCUGUUCCAGAGCUGCAGAAAUGUCGGCAGCUAUAGAUAUCUUUAGGAGAAUGGUCGAAAAAGGUGAAAAACCGACUGUCCUUUCAUAUGGGGCAUUACUAAGCGCUCUCGAAAAGGGAAAACUCUACGACGAAGCACGUAGCGUCUGGGAUCAUAUGAUUAAAGUCGGGGUGGAGCCGAACAUCUAUGCCUAUACAACCAUGACUUCGAUUUUCACUGGCCAAGGAAAGUUUAAUAUGGUUGAAGUCACUCUCAAUGAUAUGGUUACAUCAGGCAUUGAGCCAACAGUCGUCACAUACAACGCGAUUAUUACGGGAUGUGUCCGUAACGGGAUGAGCAGUGUAGCUUACGAGUGGUUUCACCGCAUGAAAGCUCAAAAUAUCUCUCCGGAUGAGGUAAGUUACGAGUUGCUCGUUGAAGCCCUUGCAAAGGAAGGUAAACCAAGGCUGGCUUAUGAGUUAUACCUGAGUGCUAAGGAUGAGGGUCUCAAUUUUUCUUCUAAGAUUUAUGAUGCAGUAAUUCAAUCCUCUCAAGUUCAUGGAGCCUCCAUUGAUGUAAGAUUAUAAGGGCCGCGGCCACUCGACAAGAACAAGAGUUCAUAGAUUCUGAUUACAACUAUUAUAGAAUGUUCGUAAAGCUGUCGAUGUUCUUAGGGAAAGCCAAACGAUUCGAAUCAAUGAACUCUCAUUAGUCAUUACUCCGAUCUCUUGAUUUGUGGAGAAAUUAUUUUGAGCGACCCAGGGAA